AAUUGUUUCGGUCUUGUAUAUUUUUCAGAAAAUUUUAACUUAGGGUUCAUUGUUGUUGCGGAUCUGUUAAUCCUUUUAGAGUUUCUGUUAUGAUUUGUUCGAUCUUUUGUACAAUUUUUUAUUUAUUUAUUUAUUUUUUGGCUGUCUGGAAACGUUGUAAUCUAUAUUUUGCAUGAUAUUGUCAACCUGUUUGAAGCAUAGUGGAUAUUUUCCCUUGUCCUCCUUUCUGACUACAAGAUUGAAUGAGUUUGCAGGUAUUUCAUUCAUUUCUAAGUAAUGGCUGAUAGGCGCCAGCACCCAACUAUCACGGAAAAGUUUUCGGGUCAGCUUCAUCUGAGUUCCAGCCACUAUGGGGCCAUCCAGAGGCCUUCCGUCAAUCAAAGGCGUUUUUCAUAUGGAAGUUAUUCAAAUGAAGCAUUGCAAUAUCCCAUGAACCAAGCGUGUCGAGCUAAUGAUCCGUUGGUGGCUUCAGGUGCCUUGCCUGUGUUUGUCCAAGCCCCAAAGGAGAAAGGAUUUUCGGGCUUUGCUAUUGAUUUUCUAAUGGGUGGUGUUUCUGCUGCUGUGUCCAAGACUGCUGCUGCUCCAAUUGAGCGUGUAAAGCUCUUGAUUCAAAAUCAGGAUGAGAUGAUCAAAGCUGGUAGGCUCUCUGAACCCUACAAGGGAAUUGGAGAUUGUUUUAGCCGAACAAUGAAAGAUGAGGGGAUGGUAUCAUUGUGGCGAGGAAACACGGCAAAUGUCAUCCGUUACUUCCCAACUCAGGCCUUAAACUUUGCGUUUAAAGAUUACUUCAAGAGGUUGUUCAAUUUCAGAAAGGACAAGGAUGGCUACUGGAAAUGGUUUGCAGGUAACUUGGCAUCUGGUGGUGCUGCUGGUGCCUCUUCUUUAUUCUUUGUCUACUCUUUGGAUUAUGCUCGUACCCGUCUUGCAAACGAUUCCAAGGCCGCAAAGAAGGGAGGAGAGAGGCAAUUCAAUGGCCUGGUUGAUGUCUACAAAAAGACUCUCAAGUCAGAUGGUGUUGCUGGCCUUUACCGCGGCUUCAACAUUUCUUGUGUUGGAAUCAUUGUGUACCGUGGUCUGUACUUUGGAAUGUAUGAUUCUUUGAAGCCUGUGAUCCUCACUGGAAAGUUGCAGGUAAGUGGAUUGCUUGUGUACCAAGUCAUAUUUCCACUGUCCAUAUACACAAACUUAUGGGGAUUAUCUCACAUUUUUUUCGUUUUUUUUUUUUUUUUUGGGAAAUUUCAGGAUAGUUUCUUUGCUAGCUUUGGUCUUGGUUGGGUUAUAACCAACGGCGCCGGACUUGCAUCUUACCCAAUUGACACUGUCCGUAGAAGGAUGAUGAUGACAUCCGGUGAAGCCGUCAAGUACAAGAGCUCGCUUGACGCUUUCUCUCAAAUCCUUAAGAACGAGGGUGCGAAGUCUCUCUUCAAGGGUGCCGGUGCCAACAUUCUUCGUGCAGUUGCUGGUGCCGGGGUGCUUGCAGGUUACGACAAGCUUCAGGAGAUCGUGUUCGGAAAGAAGUAUGGUUCUGGUGGAGCUUAAGUUCAUAUGAACCUACAACUCCACCCCCAUUUCGCUACAGAUAUUGAUUUGGAACUAAUGGGAUUCUCACUCAAUAACCUAGUUUAGAGGAUUUCGUCUCCUAGACACUAUUUAAUCAUGUUCCGGGAGUUUUGUUCGCAUUAUCCUGGUUGUAAGAGUUGUUGCAAGCUUCUACUGUUAAAUGUUUAAGCUUUAUUUUG